AUGAAAGGGCAACAAGCGCUGUUGCACUUGUUGCUCUUUCUCUUGGCAAUCCCCGCGCGACCUGAGCUGGCUGUAUCCUUGCGAGACUUGAAGUAUCAAAGAUUGAACAACCCUCCUUCCUGGACGGCUCACCUUUCUUUCUCCUUCAGCACCACUCUGUCAGAUCUGCAGGGGCACCAAGCAUCUCGAUGCUGGGUUGCGAUUCGCAUCAAUAGCACACUGCUGGACACGCUCGAGGUCCCAUGGACACCAUCGCCCAACCAUCACAUCGUUUCUUUCUCCCUGCCUCCUCACGGGAGACACGAGGCGAGUCUUACCUGGAGUCUGUCCUCCAGCGCCGAUGGACCGUCUCGCGCCGUCUCUGAACAAGACCUCGUCCUCAUGCCCGAGUGCGAGUUUUCCUCCCAAGUCAUCCCAGCGACGUGGGAGGCAUGGAUGGAGCAGUACUCUCAGUUCCACAGCAGCGUGGUAAGAGGGCUGUGCUCCCAGCGUUACCUCGUCUUCAACGCCACUGAACGACGAGGACUGGGCAACCAGAUGAUCACACUGACCUCCACGUUGCUUGCUGCGCUCGCAACCAACAGAGCCUUCCUCGUGUGGUGGGAGAACCCGCGCCGGCUACGACAUUUCCUGAUGCCCCGCAUGUUCGAGUGGGACAUGAAGGAGCUUCAGCUGCAGGGCUUCUUGCAGGACAUCGAGACAGUGGCUCAGAUCUCGAGCGAUGACGACUGCGAGAUGCUCGCGGACAUUGAUGCCGAUCUUGUGGUGCACAAGACUACACAGCUGUGCCCGCUCUGCGUCUUCCUCGACAACAUAAACUGGUUUCAGAGCUCUCAGGUCCUCUCCCUCGUGCCUGAGCCAAGAUUUUACUUCUUCAUCGGUCGGACAGUCUCCUCCUUGUUUUCUCCCUCCCCUGCCCUCGAACAGAAGCUGGAGGCUCUCUGGGGGCAGAGGAAGGCUUGCGGCUCGCUGAUAGUCCUUCAGAUCCGUGUGGGCACAGCCUGCACGUCAGGGUAUGAGAUUCUGAAGGAGGAGGGCGAACGUCAGAUCUACCGUUGUGCUCGCAAGAUUGCAAACGCGUCGAAGGAUGCCUGCCUGAUGAUCAUCACAGACGACAAGAAGAUCCACCCGAGGGCUCAGCAGGAGCUGGCGGGCCUCAAGCUGCUCUUGAGUGAGGAGGAGGUGAUACACGUCGGACUGGACCAUGAAUGCUCGGCAGAGAGCGAGGAGGAGAUCUUUUCGAGGCUGCUGGGAUCGUUUGCUGACUGGCAUGUGAUGGGGGAAGCGGAUGACGCGAUCCUGUCGGACACGUCCUCCUUCGGGUACUCGUCCUAUGGCAGGAGCAUGCGGUUGCCCAUCACUGUGUGGAACCAUGAUGAGGCUGAGGACAGGUGCGAGAGGAGGACGUGGGGCCCUCAGAAGCCUUUCCCCUACGUCAACACAGCCGAGCGGUUCUUUCCUCCCCAUGCUCCUCUUGACUCAAUCUCUCCGUCCGUUCAUCCCUUCACCCAUAUCCCCGUCCGCAGCAGCGGGCCAGGCAGCCGGGGGAGGGCGGGGGAGGAGCGAGAAAUCCAAGUGGAUAUCUGGAUGGAGAGUCAAACGACGACAUGUCGGUGUAGAUUCAAACUCUCCCCGUCAGAUGAUGCGAGUCGUGGGGUAGCAAAGCUCUCAGUCAACGACACUCUAGUCUUCUCUGCUCCUCUGCGCAACGUGUUGAACUCAUCAGAGGAAGUCGACAAGGAAUUCUCAGUUUCCCUCCACUUUGCUAGACGGGGUUGUUUCAGCAUAGAGUUUGCUGUGCACAUCGCAUUUGACAACCGACACGUCAAGAAGUGGGUCUGUUUUAUAACAGAGGAACAAGACGAUCAUCUCGUCCCUCUGCUCUCGGUGCUCAACCAGCGAGCUUUGGAAAGGAUGAGCAGAACUGUUUCUCUCCAACUUGAUCCGCACUCAUACGACAGGAUCGUUGAGUUUCAUCGCCGUGCUCUUGUACAGUCACGCCGGCUCCUCCGUUGGGACUUCAUGGGGGAAGUCAGUCAGACUUGCCUUGGCCUGGCUGCGUUUCUCUUGGUCGACAACUGCUCGUCUUACCAUAGGCAUCGGCAGGAUUGGCUUCGCAGCAUCGGCUUCUGCCACCUGUACACAUACACACAUGCUGAGCGAGAUGGUUCCAGAGAGGACAAGAGGUGCAGCGAUGGAGGCAGAGCAGGCGCAGCCGUUGAUGCAGCGAUCAACGAGCUGCCUCAGUCAGCAGACGUCCUCCUCCUCGCGUACUGUGAAGAGGACUGUAGCUCAGAGCACGAGGGCAGGUCCAUCAUCAUAAGGGGAAGGCGACCAGCGUGUGCUCGAGACUUCCUGCUGACUCCGGCAGGUGCGCGGAAGCUUCUUGCUCUGUCCUCGCCCUUCCCAUCCUCGGACCUCAGUCACACCAUGACCAUGUUGAUCGCCUCCGAUGCCUUAGAGGCCUACCUCCUGCGGGACCCUGCCUUCCUCGGCUCCAGCUCACCUGGGCUCGACGGGGAGUGGCUGCCCCCCUGCCUUCAGUUCGGCAAGGUCUGGCGGAGGACAAGCAGGGAGCUCGUGCUCUCCUAUUACCCCUCCUUGCUCAGCAACCACUACCUCUCUUCCAUCUAUGGCGUGCAGCUUCCCCCAGCAUCCGACGCCUCCAAGGUCUUCUGGCUCCACCCGAUGAACUUUUCGCAUGCUCAGACGGCCGUCAUGAGGAGCUGGAAGGAGCCGGAGGGACAGGGAGAGGGGGAGACCCUGCGAGUCCUCGUGGCAAGAUCCAGCUCGUGCCGGUCGGUGCUCGGAGGCAACAUGGUGGCGAACGGACGGGUCGAGUGUGAGGGCAGGGUCGUGCACGUGGUGGAGGAUCGACCUUUGAAGCGAAGACUGUGCCUGGUGAUCUCGGAGGCAGGGGAUGUAGAUGUUGGACACUUGCGGUCUGCUCAAGACUCCCUUGUGCUGCUCCCUGGGCCUGCGAGCAGGCAGCUGUUGCGAGAGCUGAUCAACAUGUUCUCCUUCCCACUUGUUCGCCACUCUUUCUUCGUCUUCUGCUCCCGAGGGAGCGUCCAGGACAUGAGCUGUCACAAGCUGGCGAUGGAGCUGAGAGAAGCAGGCUCCUCGGUGGCACAAACGUCCUUCCCGUCCUUGUUUCAUAUCAAGUGGAGCGACGUGCCUCAAUUCCUGCAGGCCGCGUGA